AUGUCUGCUCCAGAAGACUCGGAGGACGUUUCCUCAGGUGAGGAUGCGCGCGCGGCGUGGCUGAAGAGGCGCGCGGCGCAGGCGUCCCGUCUGCCCUUCAGCGUGGAGGCGCUGAUGUCCCGGUCAGGGAAGCUGCAGGCAGAAAACAAGCUGGACGAAGGGUCCCAACACUUCCUUUCUGUUAAAGCAGAGGACAGCUCGUCUUGGAUAUCCAGAACUGUGGAGAUGUCUGCACCACCCCGGCAGCUCAGUCCAGCAGUCUGCUCCCUGAGGAAGCACAAAACCAACCGCAAGCCUCGCACACCUUUCACCACCGUGCAGCUCCUGGCCCUGGAGAGGAAGUUUCACCAGAAGCAGUACCUGUCCAUCGCGGAGCGGGCCGAGUUCUCCUCCUCUCUGUCGCUGUCCGAGACCCAGGUGAAGAUCUGGUUCCAAAACCGACGAGCCAAAGCCAAGAGGCUCCAGGAGGCCGAGGUGGAAAAACUGAAAAUGGCAGCUGGCGCAGGGCCCAAAGCUGUGUUCUACCCAGGCUUCUCCUCCUCCUCAGGACUUCCCCUCAACAUCAACCUGCAGCCUGGCUCAGCGUCUCUCUACGGACUGGGCUGCUCGUACAGCUGCGCCCCCAUUCUGCCCGCCGCACAUCUGGCCAUGUACGCCUCACAGGUGGGCUGCAGACUGCUCCACCUCUCCUGAGAGGAAACAGACACCAACAAAACAUGUUUGAAAAGGAAUGAGACAAGUGUAUCAUUAAAUCAAGCACUUCAUGAAAGGCUUGUCUGCAGCAGACGACAAUGGGACUUGAAGCUUGAGUUCAUGAAUGCCUUAACUUUUGAGAGAUUGAAGCAUGUCCCUUUGUACUUUCACUCUUUCAAACAAAUCAUCCACAGUGCCAGAAAACACUUUUUUAAAGAAUUGAGUUCAUAUUUCACUUGUCAUCCUUAAAUAUGUGUUGAAUUUUCAUCAUUAUGUAAAAAAGAAAAGUCAGAAAUGGUACUUUGAUCAGGCGACAUGCACGGCUCAGUGGCAGUGUGAGCAGUUUUCCUUUGCAGGAAUCUUUAUUGCUCUCGGUUAUUGAGAGCCCUCACAUCUGUAAUCUCACAAUAUAUUUACACUGUUAAAGACUAUUAUU